AUAUAAAUUCAUUACAAAUUCACAUCUAAAACAAAAAACACAGUUUGCAGUUUUUCUCCCUAACUUAUAAUGGCUCUCCAGACUGCUUCCUUUGUUCCUGCAUCUUUCUCUAUUACUAAAGAGGGAAAGUCCAGUGCAUCUCUCAGGAGCACCACCCUGUUUGGUCUUUCAUUAUCAGACACUCUCAAAACUGACAUAAGCUCUUCAGCAUUGACAUGCAAGAGGGAAUUCCAGCGAAGAGUUGGUGCUGUGAGGGCUGAGACAGCAGCCACAGCAGCACCAGGAGUCAUGAGAGCUUCCCCAGAACGCAAGAAAACUUUGAGGAAGGGCAAUGUUGUGAUCACUGGUGCUUCCUCUGGAUUAGGCCUUGCCGCCGCUAAAGCAUUGGCCGAGACAGGGAAAUGGCACGUAACAAUGGCCUGCAGAGACUUCCUCAAAGCUGAAAGAGCUGCAAAAUCCGCAGGCAUUUCUAAGGAAAACUACACCAUCAUGCAUUUAGACCUUGCCUCUCUUGAAAGUGUGCGUCAAUUUGUUGAUAACUUCAGAAGAUCAGGAAAGCCACUAGAUGUACUGGUUUGCAAUGCUGCAGUUUACUUGCCAGCUGCUAAGGAACCCACUUACACUGCUGAGGGUUUUGAACUCAGUGUUGGGACAAAUCAUCUGGGCCAUUUUCUGCUUUCAAGAUUGUUGCUUGAGGACUUGAACAAAUCUGAUUACCCCUCCAAAAGGGUCAUCAUUGUUGGCUCAAUCACAGGAAACACCAACACAUUGGCUGGUAAUGUGCCCCCCAAGGCUAACCUUGGUGACAUAAGGGGACUGGCUGGAGGAUUGAAUGGGCUAAACACUUCAAGCAUGAUAGAUGGUGGAGACUUUGAUGGUGCCAAGGCCUACAAGGACAGCAAAGUCUGCAACAUGCUCACCAUGCAAGAAUUCCACAGGAGGUACCAUGAAGAAACUGGAAUCACAUUUGCUUCGCUUUACCCGGGAUGCAUCGCCACAACAGGCUUGUUCAGAGAGCACAUCCCCUUGUUCAGGCUCCUGUUCCCUCCAUUCCAGAAGUACAUAACCAAAGGCUUUGUCUCAGAAGAUGAAUCAGGAAAGCGACUUGCACAGGUUGUAGGUGAUCCAAGCCUGACAAAAUCAGGUGUUUACUGGAGCUGGAACAAGGAUUCUGCUUCAUUUGAAAAUCAGUUGUCCCAGGAGGCCAGUGAUGCAGAUAAGGCUCGCAAGGUCUGGGAGAUUAGUGAGAAACUUGUAGGUUUGGCUUAAGUGGAAGCUUCCAACAUUUGUGUUGAUUUAGAGAUAUUUGCCAUGGAAUUCAAUAACAACUGAAAAGAGUUUCAGACCCUUUUCAUAUCAGUUCCUUAGAUGCUUUGCUAGCUGCUAACUUUUUCUGCCUUGAUGACUACUAUAGUCAAUGAAUCCUUCAACGUUGGAGCAAUUCGCACAUGAACUUUAUAAGAAACAACUGUGUACUGCGACUAGAAUCAAUGUCAUUGCCUAUCUUGGGUCAA